AUGGCUGAAACAACAAAUUUGAGUGUUCUAAUGUUUCCAUACUUAGCUUAUGGACACUUCACACCUUUCCUUGAGCUAGCCAAGAAGCUCUCAGAUAGAGGCUUUUUGAUUGAUUUUUGUUCAACUCCCAUUAAUCUUAGUUACAUCAAGAAGAAAAUCCCACACAAGUACUCUUGUUCAAUUCAGCUAGUGGAACUCCAUUUACAAGAUUUGCCUGAACUUCCUCCUCAUUACCACACAACAAAAGACCUCCCAUUUCAUCUUCAAACCACCCUCUACAAAGCCCUCAUGAUGGAAGAAGCACAGUUUCACCAAAUCCUGAAAGAUCAAAAACCUGAUGUGUUAGUAUUUGAUAUAAUGCAACCAUGGUCAGUAAGGGCUGCGUCUAGUCUCAACAUCCCAGCAAUAAAAUAUUGUAUUGCAAGUGCAGCUACGUGUUGUUAUUUUGGCAAUUUAAAGCUCAAACCAGGGGUGGAAUUCCCUUUCACAGCACUCUAUCUAAAGGAUUAUGAGCAAGAGAUAAAGCGUCAUAUUGAGCUUCAAGUGGAGGAAGGAGGUGAGAAUAUCAUGCUGCUGAAUACCUCCAGAGCAAUAGAUGCAAAGUAUCUAGAUUAUCUUUCUGAAAUAGGACAAGGAAACAUUCUGCCUACUGGAGUAGUAAUUCAAGAUCUUGAAGAUGAAGGGGAUAUCGAGGAAACACAACUCAUUAAAUGGAUAGGGAAGAAUAAGGAGCAUUCAACUGUGUAUGUCUCAUUUGGGAGUGAGUGUGUCAUGACAAAGGAAGAAAUGGAAGAGGUAGCUUAUGGGUUAGAGGUUAGCAAUGUUCAUUUCAUAUGGGUUGUAAGGAUUCCAAGAGGAGAACAAGUUGUCAGACUUGAAGAGGUACUUCCUCAAGGAUUUCUUGAAAGAAUUGGAGAAAGGGGGAGGAUAGUUGAAGGAUGGGUUCCACAGGCAAAAAUAUUGAAGCAUGCAAGUAUUGGAGCAUUUGUAACACACUGUGGGUGGAAUUCCACACUUGAAAGCAUAGAGUUUGGUGUUCCAAUCAUAGCUCUGCCGAUAAACUUUUGCUCGGAUCAGCCUAUAAAUGCUAGAUUGGUUGUGGAGAUUGGAAUAGCCACGGAAAUCGCGAGAGAUGGAGAUGGGAAGCUUCAUAGAGGUUAUAUAGCUGAGACUAUCAAAGAAGUGAUAUUUGGCAAAGAAAUUGGGGAGAAUUUGAGGAAGAAGGUAAAUAGUCUUCGUGAGAAUGUAACAUUGCUAAGAGAGGAACAUAUGGAUGGAGUUGCUAAGGUGAUAAAACAGCUUCGUGAGAAGAAGAAUCAGUCCAGAAGUGCCUAA